AUGCUACCACCGGGUUCGGUCAAGGAUGAGGAUGAUGUUGUAAAUGUUAAUAGCCAUUCAUCAAGCAUACAUUCAUCUUAUAAACGAGCACACAAAUCGCCUGUAAUGAAGCGGAAGGUAGAGUCUAAAUCCAGAUCUGGUAAGACGACUAAAGUAUCUAAACUCAACAGGAACCAAAAGCCUGGCCGCACCCACUCAGAUGGACGACAGACGAAGAGUGUCGGAGAAUCUCUUCAAACCGCCAUGGCAGAAAGCAUGAAAAUGAUACAAUAUGGCUCGCGUGAGAAUAUGAGAGAAUUUCUCUCCAUACUGCAGAAGCCAACGCUGGUGGCGCAG